CUGGGGAAAGCUCGUAUGGUAUAAAAGGGUAGAUGCUCGACCAUGAUUGAAGAGAAUAUUCAAUCGAUACCAAGCUCACAAGCUUGGAAUCCACCAAACUCAAACAAGUCGCAACUUGCACAAAACCAAAGGGUUUGUUUUUCGAUUAAUUAAAAGUCUUCCGUUUUUUACAACGAAAACUAGAAGGUAUUUAAAGGCAAAUAAACCUAAUAAAAACCUAAUGUACCUAGGAAACAAUUAAGGUAAAAAAAACUCUAAAAACAGUACAAAACUCGGCCACAAAUUUCCUUUCUUGACGCACAAGUAAUCUGCCAGCAAAAGAGUCAAAAGGCACCUUUCGUACUAACUUUAAUCCUUUCAAGGCCUUCCCGAACUCCAAUUCUUCAUCCAAUUAAUUUCCUUUGUUCACAAACAUAUCUAGUUUCAUGUUGUGGAAGCCUUUGGACUUGAAUCAGAUCCAUACUCCUCGAAUUAAGCUCCAAAGUAGGCUUCACAAAACAGUUUUCUGCCUUAGCCAUUUUCAGGCAGUUUUCCAGUUUUGAGGUAGCAACUUUGAGACAUUGGAAAACAACUUUAAUGACAUCUUAUGGAUCCAAAAAGCAUACCAUUGGAAACAUGGCAACUUUAUCUUUAAAACAUUCCCUUGACCUCCCAUUUCCAUUGAGCCAUUUGUGAGAUACAAGCUUCCAAAGUAGGCUACCUGAAACUGUUUCAACACUUAGCCAAAAAUCACAAUUCUUCAAGUGAGUUGAGAUGACUUCUUUGGCAAGCAAUUGUGAAUUGUGGAUUGAUACUAUUGGGAUCAUAUCAAUUCUGUUAGUUGAUAAAUUUAUUAUCUAGCUUUGUACCAGGAUUCUGUUCAUAGUGUUCUUUGGGUCGUUGUUAGCCGCUGAUGGUUGCCUAGGUGCUCUUUCUUCCUCUCUAUCCUCACUUUCAUUUUUUGGGUGGUAUCUUUCAGGUCACGAGCAUGUGUGGAGUAUGCAGAAAAAUCUGCACUACAUAUGCAUUCUAUGUGGACUGGUUUAUUAGUUGAUCUUCUAUUCGGAAACUUGAUUGGCUUAGUGCUCUUCUCUCAUGCAGAAUAUGUGUGCUUGUGGGUUUCGCUCUUCGCCAAGGCACUACAAAUGAGAUAUUGCGAUCUGGCUGUGUGUGGUUGAUGUAAGUACCAGCUGGCUUUAGGUUGAACAUAGAGCUAGCUGGAGUUCUCGGCAUGGUUUCCUUAAAUGCGAUACAAAAAAGGUCUACGCUCUGGGUCUUCAUCGGUUUCCUCAUCAUUUAUUUCAUCAAAGCACUUGCUCUGCUAGGAAUUCUUUUUGGGCUGACUAUACCUGCUGCUUUAGCUAUUGAUAUUGUUGUGUUGAGUUCUUCAAAUUGGAUUGGGAUAUUGUGGGGGUUGAUGUGGAGAACACUGUCCUGGAUUUCUUUACUACUGGGAGGAUGCCUAGGCAGGUAAACUCUACAGUCUUAUCUCUCAUUCCUAAGAUUCCUAUAGUUGAAAAGAUGAAGGAUUUUCGGCCUAUUUCUUGUUGCAAUGUUAUCUACAAGGGGAUUUCUAAGUUGCUCUUAUGUAGAUUGUCCUUGAUUUUGCCAAAAUUAAUCAUUAAAAGCCAAUAUGCCUUUGUCAAGGGUCGGUUAAUUAGUGACAAUAUCUUAAUGGCAACAGAACUAGUAAAAGAUUAUCAUAAGAAUAGAAUAUCCCCAAGAUGUGCACUUAAGAUAGAUCUGAUGAAAGCAUUUGACUCGGUUGAUUGGAGUUUCCUGUUUAAAGUGAUGACUGCUAUGGGUAUGCCUGCUGAGUUUGUGAAGUUGGUUGAGGCUUGUGUAACCUCUCCAAUGUUGAGUGUCUCCUUCAAUGGAGGUUUGUGUGGGUAUUUUGCAGCUGCUAAGGGAUUGAAGUAGGGGGAUCCACUCUCCCCCUGCCUUUUUACCAUAGCAAUGGAAGUUUUUUCUUGCCUGUUAACAAGGGCAGUCAAUAGUGGGCUUAUUCCGUUUCAUCCACGAUGUAAGAGCCUUGGAAUCACACAUAUUUGUUUUGCAGACGAUUUGUUAGUUUUUUCUAAUGGAUCGUCUUAAGCAAUUACUAGAAUUAAGCAGUUAUUGGAUCAGUUUUAUAUAGUCUCGGGUCUUAAAUGCAACCCACAGAAGUGUCAGCUAUUCUGUUCAGGGCUCUCUCAAGAUGAUAAGCAAGCUAUUUUUUAGCAAUCUGGGUUUCCAUUGGUGGUUCUUCCAGUCCGUUAUUUGGGCGUACCUCUCCUUUCUGGAAAACUAACAUCUGUUGAUUGUGAGUGUCUUGUGGCGCAGAUCAUUAAAAGAAUCCAAACCUGGCAGGAUCGUUCUUUGAGCUAUGCUGGAAAGCUGCAAUCGAUUGAUUCAGUGAUUACAAGUGUAUUCCAGUAUUGGAUGUCGAGUUUCUUGCUUCCUCUAAAGGUGCUUAAGAUGAUUGAGAAUGCUUGUAACAAAUUCUUGUUGGGUGUGGAUGGGGAUAGAAGGAAGAAAUCUCCUGUUGCUUGGUCACAGGUGGCUUUGACCAAAAAAGAGGGAGGUUUAGGUAUUCGAGACUUUAAAACCUGGAACAGAGCAUGUGUAAUUAGGCACUUAUGGAACAUAUUGGCAGAGGCUGAGUCUUUAUGGUUGCUUGGAUGAAUAAGUAUAAGAUCAAAGGGAGGGACCUAUGGUCCCUUUCUCCUUACUCUGUCAGUACGUGGGUUUGGAGGAAGAUUCUUAAGUGUCGAAGCUUGGCACAACAUCACAUUGCAGGAGUGGGUGACUCUUUGGAGUGGGAUGGUUGCUACUUGGCAAAGUACUCAGUUAAAAAGGUAUGGGAGUCCAUUCGAGCGCCUGCCCCUACUGUGUCAUGGUUUCAGACCUUGUGGCACAAGCCAGUUUAUCCAAAGCAUUGCAUUCUAGUAUGGCUGAUCAUAUUGGGUCGAAUAAGAACUAUAGAUAAGUUGGCAAACUGGGGUGUGGAAUGUGAUGAAAGUUGUGUUUUAUGUCCCUGGAGGCAAAGACAAUAGGGAGCACCUGUUUGGCUCCUGUUCGUAUGGAACAACAGUUUUGCAACAGCUGCUUAAAGGGGUUUGGUCAUUUCCAGGUUUCUUGAAUUGGCAGGGACACCUUACUUGGGCAGAAAACAACUGGUCUGCAGCUUCUGAUGCGGCAGCUGUUAGCAGGGUUCUCUGGUUGAUGGGAUUGAGUGGCAUAUGGAGAGAGCUCAUUGCGAGAUUCUAUGGAUCAGUAGCAGUCAACUCUCCGUUCCAAGUGGAGUCCAAAAUCAAGCAAGAAUUUCUAGUGGGAGUCAUAUAAAUUUCCAAUUGUUUUCUGAAGCUGCGAGUUGCACUUUCACGGGCUUCAAAUACAAUUUUGAUUAACCAUAAAAAAAAUUACACCAUGUAGUGAUUCUCGGGGAUUUGCAUCUCCAAGGGAAGUCGAUUUGCGUUCCAAGCAGGGGAAAGAUACUAUGACAUCAAGUCUUAUUGUCUCAGUUCUUCACAGCAACUAUUUGAGCAUAGGUAUUUGCCUUUCUUUGCGUUGGUCAAUUGAGUUUUCCUUUUUGGAAUUCAGGACCAUAGUCAUGAAUACGGCAUCCAGUCGAAUUAUACAGUCAUUAGUGGAUCGAUAGCCUGACCCUUUUUUGACAAACUUAUAAUCUUACAACUGCAGGAGAUUUGGUCUUGCCUCACUACGUGGAAGUUUUCUCUGAGGUUCUGGGUUUCUCACUACAUCAUCCUAUGGAGCUCUAACUGGUAAAAGGCGAGUAAACUCAUCAUGCGCCUUAAUCAGUCAGAUAUAUCUUACUUAACCAUGAAGUUCAUAGUUAUUAUUUAGUCCUUUUCCAUGUUCUCCUGGAUACACUCCAGACUGGACUCCAAACUCCAAUCAAUUUUGUCGUGGGUGUCCAUGCCAAGCAGAGAUUACUGGAUCCUCUGCUACUAUUCAGUGAUGGAAUGCUUGCCAGAAUAUUGGAGGACGCAAAGAUAGAUCGAUCACUUGGAUCUCUUCAUUCUUUUAGCUGCCAAGCACAAGAAGAGGGUGGAUCACUUGACCUCUUUACAUGCUUGUUGGUGCUUUUGCGGGAGAUUUUGCCAUUCCCAUUUUCUAUUUUUUGCGAGUUGGUUGUGGCCUAACAACAAUAGGAAUGUAAAUUUUGAUAUUGAUCCGUUAUACUUUGUUUGAUUGGUCUUCGACUUGAACUACCUCCCUAUUCAGGCAUGUUCACUUUCAUUUCCAUUUUUUGUUUUCAUUUCAGAAAUUCGGUAAUGAAAUAAAAAGAAAAAA